AUGUCUCACCACCUUACCCCUCCUCCAAGCUCUCCACAAACCCAUCAAUAUGAAUAUCACAAGGGAUCACCCUCCCAUGUUCCUCCCUCACCUCCUCAGAGCCUCAGCACUGAGGAAGUGCAGAUGCCACUUCAACUUCACAACAAGAGUUACUCAGGGGACAAUCUUUCUGUGUCCAUCCCUCCUGCUGCUCAUAAUCUAUCAGCUCAUGUUAAGCAUUCUCAUACCAAGUUCAUGCCAUACAGCAAGCCCAGUGCUAUUGAGCUCUGCUUUGCCAAGAAGUCUCUUGGCAGACAAUCAGUUAAUGAUAUCACCUUGGAAGAUGCACAAGUGGGAAGAGCACUUUUUGUCCAUGGAUUGAUGGGGUUGUCCAAGAGAGCCUUCCAAAAGGCUUUGGAAAUGAAGGAGGCCAACCAAGAAUUGAGGCAACUCCAUGCUCUUUCCACUGCUUGGGAGAUCAAGGCUAUUGACCACUGGAGAGAUUUCCUCCUUGCAAUGCAAGAAGAAGAAGAGACUCAGUUCCUUCAGUCGACUAAAGAUCUCCAGCUUUUCAAAGAUAUCAUGGAGCAUCACUCAGUCAGUCAAUUGGAAGAAGAGGAAGAGUACCACAUUGGGGCUUAUGGACAGGAUUUAAUGUUGCUCACAUUGGAGAGAGGAAGUCACAGGUAA